AUCCCUGGUCAUGAGUCACUUCGUUUAGAACAUUUCAAUUUUAUUUUUAGUUUAUAAAAACGGUGCACGCUUUUGGAAUUUGAUUUUACUGAAUUUACUUAAAUUAUUUAUAUCCCGAAGUAAAAUCUUUAAAAAUGCAGGAUCCAAAUGAAGACACCGAGUGGAAUGAUGUGCUGCGGGCCAAGGGAAUCAUUGGACCAAAGGCGAAGGAAGCUGAAAUCACGGAGGAUCAAAUCCAAAAGUUGAUGGACGAUGCUAUUCAGCGGCGUACGGAUCUCCCACUAAACGAGGGACAGAGGGACAAGAAAAUUGACGACAUGUCGCUAGACGAACUCGACGAACUGGAAGACUCCGAGGAUGAGGCUGUUCUAGAGCAAUAUCGUCAAAGGCGCAUCGCCGAGAUGAGAGCCACCGCCGAAAAGGCACGUUUUGGAUCCGUGCGCGAGAUCUCUGGACAAGAUUAUGUCAACGAGGUCACCAAGGCCGGCGAGGGUAUCUGGGUGGUUCUUCACCUGUACGCUAACGGUGUUCCACUUUGCGCAUUGAUCCACCACCACAUGCAGCAGCUGGCCGUCCGCUUCCCGCAGACCAAGUUCGUGCGCUCCAUUGCCACCACCUGCAUACCGAACUUCCCUGAGAAAAACCUGCCCACCAUUUUCAUUUACCACGAAGGAUCGCUGCGCAAGCAGUAUAUCGGUCCCCUGGAGCUCCGUGGCGAGAAGCUGACCGCCGAGGAGCUUGAAUUUAUGCUGGGACAAGCGGGAGCAGUUCCCACCGAGAUCACAGAGGAUCCACGGCCCCAGAUCAGAGACAAGAUGUUGGCCGAUUUAGAAGAUAAGAGCUCGGAUUUCUACUAAGUCAAAUUAUAACCGUCAUCCCACGUUCUGUACUUUAGGGUGGGUCAAUGUUUUAAGAGUGAGUCAUAAGGCAAAAUCCAAGCUUAAACCGGUAUUCAGAUAUUUUUUAAUAUAAAAGAUUAUUUGCAAAUAAUCAAUCUUAAAAAUAUGGUGCAAGCUUAUUUAAAAGCUGAAAAUCGUAUACAAUAAAAUAUUGUAUAGACCUAGAAUAUUAUAAGAAAGCUGCUAUCCAAUGCGAAUUUUAUUGAUCGAUAGAUUACUUGAAUUUGCCUAUUUGAUUUUUGCGCUUUCUUCAUCCGUAUAUAUUGAUCCAGUCUAAACUUAAAAAUAUCUCUUGCACGUAUUCAUUUCAUUGUUCUGUGGCAUUUACAUACCCUCAAAUAAAUUGUUUACUUUUCUACUGAAA